ACACCUACGUGUCUUGAAGAAAAUGUGAACCUGCCAAUUGAAGGAGAUUGUUCGAAAUUCGUUACUUGCUCUAAUGGAAUUGCAUACGAGAUGGAUUGCCCUCUAGGUUUACAUUUUAACGACGUACUCAAAGUAUGUGAUUGGCCCGCGAAUGCAAAUUGUGAACGUUAA